GGGUUGUGUGUGCGAUUUUAUUGUGUACUGUGUUGUAGUGCAUCUGAAUCCGUUGAGAUUUGAGAAUGGAUUGCAUGAAUAGAUGGAUGACUUUGAGACUACCACAGUAUUCCCUGGGUAAUACCUUUCUAUCAACUAACUAUGGUAGCGGCGGUACCCUCUCCUACGAUCCAUCCAUCGUACACACAAUGUUUGUAGAAUCUUUAAUCCCAUCCCAGAAGAUUCACAAGACGAUCCGACCGUUAUAAAAAGACUGUAGAUAACUGAAAUCCUUUAUUUGACCCCAGCUUGGAUUAGUAACGAGUUGUUUUGCAGGUAAAGUACAUUUGGAGAGCAACAUCGCGUGUUUGGUGUUUUAAUUAUCCUUGGAACUCGAAUUACUGUGUACGAAAUCUUUGUGCAAUAAUUAAAGUGCGUAGAUAACGGAGUGUAAAAUUAGUACUACGGCAACUAUCAAAUAUAACGAAGAAAGAUUCUUGGUGCUUCAAAAGAUACAGAUAUUCAUCGGAAAUACCGUUAUAAAUCGUAUCUCAUCUUAUCCUGACACAAUUCCUUAGUAGAUUGGAGACAGCAAAAAGGAAGCAAACGACAAAGAUGAUGUUCUCGAAAUUGAUUGCGCCUGCCACUCUCGUCUUAGUAUUCGGCACAUGUGUAUUUGCCGCCAUCCCAGGUGGCAGCAACACCUACCUUCCGCCAAAGCCAGGAUACAACUAUCCAACACCACCAAUACCACUGCCAACACCCACCAGACCUGCAUCACGACGGCCGCCAACAUAUGGACCACCAGACGUUCCACCAUCAUAUUCGCCACCAAACCGUUACACUCCAUCAAGGCCAAUUCCACCAGGACCAACACCCCCUUAUCGCCCACCAAAUGUACCCGACACCCAUGACCAUCACGACCAUCACGAUCAUCACAACCAUGUUCCUGGAAUGCCAUUUGACUUCGCCUAUGCCGUAAAUGAUAUUCAAACUUCCAAUGAUUACUCGCAUCAGGCCAAGAGCGACGGUGACGUUACACGAGGUGAAUAUCGCGUCCAAUUGCCUGACGGAAGGACACAAAUUGUCCGUUACACUGCCGACUGGAAAACAGGAUAUCAUGCGGAUGUCAGCUAUGAAGGCGAAGCUAGAUACCCAGAAGGACCGUCGCCAUUCAGCGGACAAAAUCAGGGAUAUAAAUAUUAAAUUUAUUAGAUAAGUUGUCACUAGUUGUGUAUUGACUUGCCUGCAUGCAGACCUACCUAUGUAUGAACUACGUAUACCGAGCAUCAGCUCCUUCGGACAGACUAUAAUUAACAAAUGACAUUAAAACUACUGCAAGUAACAACCUACUCAUAUACACUCUUGUUAUUUGUAUCUUUACUGAAAAAAAGAUGCAAAGUACGUGCAUAUCUAUUAGAGAAAUGUAUAAUUACACAACUUGUACUAUAAUAUUUCGAUGGAAAAGUCCUGAUUUAUGUAAAUAUGUAGAAACAGCAUCCAAAAAGGAUGUUUUGACAAAAUUUUAAGCUCUCGUGACCUAGAAGAAAGUGUACAAAAUUUAUGAAAUGUUUUUACUGCCAACAAGCUUAAUACACCUAAAGUAUUAAUAAAUUUUUUUAUUUAAUGAAAUUACCAAAA